AUGAGUGAUUUCCUUGAUGAAUAUCAAACUCUUCAGAUCCGCUCCAAGCGUGUACAGGUCGGGCUGACCACGGCCAAGAAGGCUCGCUGGGUGGCUAGGGACAAAGCUAGACUCGAGGAAUUCGUACAGAAAUUGGUUAGUUUGGUUGCAAAGCUCAAUGAUCUCCUCCCGAGCUCCGAAGGGGUUCUCGAGGGGAUGACGCACGAGAAUUUCACUAGCUUGGGAGCGCUUCAUGUUGGUACUAUUUGCGAGGCCUCAGAACACAUGAACAGCAGAAUGUAUACAUUUGCGAAGUCGUUUCCGAAUGAGAGAUGCCAGGAGAGGAUUGUAGACCUCAUGUGGUUUAGGACGAUGGACGAGAGAAAAGAACUCAUCAAUGCGCCCGAGAAUGGAACCUAUGGACAGAUUCUGGAGCCACCUUCGCGAGAUGACAAUUGGGAUGGUCUCUCACAAUGGCCGUGUCAAGGCCAGGAGGCCAUCUAUGUACAUCGGCGAACGCAUGAUCUACUGCAGGAAUGGGCGGGAAAUCUCAUUCUGCACGCGCCAAACUUCUUCUUCUGGCAUCUCGGUACCGACGAGCAAAUGUCCCAGGGCGGCCUCUGCACAGCGUUACUGUACCAGAUUCUGCAAGUCAAUCGUCCCCUCAUCAAAAGAAUUUUGCCAGAUAUGUGGCGCCACUUGUACCGCUCAGAGGCAGCAGCUUACCCCAUCCCAUCACCCGCCCAAAUGCCCAAGGUAUUUGAUCUCUUCUGUGACCCUGCCGAUGCAUUCCAGUCUUCCAAAUAUUGUUUUUAUGUCGAUGGACUGGUUGAGUACUCUGGGCGCUACCAGGCAGCGGUUCAGUUCAUCGAGUUGCUGUCAAAGCUUCCGAAUGUGAAAACUCUCGCGUCCACUAGGCCAGAACCUGGUUUCGCCGAUGGCUUUUGCGGCUGCCCAAUGCUUAAGCUUAAAGUCCUCACCAGAACAGAUAUCAAGAACUACGUCGAACAUAAAAUCGAGGACCACCCGCAUAUGGCACGCCUGCUAGCACAGGGCCCAGCAGAAGCUCGAGGAAUUAUUACAAAACUCGUCGAUAAGGCUUCUGGAGUUUCCUCUGGGUGUUCUUGCACGUCGAUCCGUGCUCAAAGGGUUCGUUGCGUCUGGUCGGAUGUCUGA